GGUGCCGCUAUCCGCCCCGGGCCGCCCUCGGAAGGAGCAGGUAGCCCCCGCCCAGGGACGCUCCUUCACCUUCCAAACCUCGGUCCCGGACCCCCGAGGCGCUCGGCCUUCCCAGCGGCCAGCCUCAGGCCCGCCACUAUCCCAGGAUUCCCGGCGCCCGGCUUCCUGCCCGGCUUCCCUCCCAGCGCCGGCGCCCGGGGAGCGCCAAGAUGGCGGACGGCGACGGGCCCGGUGUUGCGGCGGCGGCCGCGGCCUCUCCUCAGGCACCCGCUGCUGGCCCAAGCCCGCCGCCGGGCUGGAGGGAGCGGCUGCGGGCCGGGCUGGUGGGGACGUGGGCCUCGCUGUGGUUCGUGGUGGGGCUGGGGCUGCUUUACGCUCUGAGGGUCCCGCUGAGGCUGUGUGAGAAUGUGGCCGCGGUGACAGUAUUUUUAAAUUCACUGACGUCCAAAUUCUAUGUGGCACUUACAGGGACAUGUUCUUUGAUAUCAGGACUAAUAUUUAUAUUUGAAUGGUGGUACUUCCAUAAACAUGGUACAUCUUUUAUUGAGCAAGUGUCGGUAAACCAUUUGCGACCAUUGAUGGGAGGAACAGAAAGAAGCAUGUCAGAGCCAGCUUCUCUUUCCAGCAGCAGAGAAAGUGAAAACAGCCGACAGAAUGUGUCAGAAUGCAAGGUAUGGAGAAACCCUCUAAACCUUUUCAGAGGAGCAGAAUAUAGGAGACUCACUUGGGUGACUGGUAAAGAGCCACUUACAUACUAUGACAUGAAUUUGUCAGCUCAGGACCAUCAGACCUUUUUCACCUGUGACACAGACUUUUUACGUCCUUCAGACACAGUUAUGCAGAAGGCAUGGAGGGAAAGAAAUCCUUUAUCUCGAAUUAAAGCAGCCUACCAAGCUUUAGAAUUAAACAAUGACUGUGCCUCUGCAUAUAUUCUACUGGCUGAGGAAGAAGCAACAACUAUUGUUGAUGUUGAAAAGUUAUUUAAGCAGGCACUUAAGGCAGGAGAAACGAUUUAUAAGCGGUCGCAGCAGUGUCAGCACCAAAGUCCUCAGCAUGAAGCCCAACUGAGGAGAGAUACCAAUGUACUGGCUUAUAUUAAAAGAAGAUUGGCAAUGUGUGCAAGAAAAUUAGGAAGAAUAAGAGAAGCAGUAAAAAUAAUGAGAGAUUUGAUGAAAGAAUUUCCUCCUCUUACCAUGUGGAACAUCCAUGAAAAUCUCCUAGAAUCACUUUUAGAAUUACAGGCCUAUGCAGAUGUUCAGGCAGUCCUAGCAAAAUAUGAUGAUAUAAGCCUUCCAAAGUCAGCAGCAAUCUGUUAUACAGCAGCACUGUUGAAGACAAGGACUGUUUCAGAUAAAUUCUCUCCAGAAACAGCCUCCAGACGAGGUUUAAGCACAGCGGAAAUUAAUGCUGUGGAAGCAAUUCAUAGAGCUGUGGAAUUUAAUCCUCAUGUUCCAAAAUACUUACUAGAGAUGAAAAGUCUAAUUUUACCUCCAGAACACAUUCAGAAACGGGGUGAUAGUGAAGCAGUUGCCUAUGCUUUCUUUCAUCUUCAGCACUGGAAGCGAAUAGAAGGUGCUCUUAAUCUGUUACAGUGUACAUGGGAAGGCACUUUUAGAAUGAUUCCAUAUCCAUUAGAGAAAGGCCAUCUAUUUCACCCUUAUCCCAGCUGCACAGAGACUGCUGAUAAGGAGCUAUUACCUACCUUUCAUCAAGUAUCUGUUUACCCAAAGAAGGAGCUUCCUUUUUUCAUCUAUUUCACAGCAGGACUGUGUUCUUCUACAGCAAUGAUAGCUCUUCUCACACACCAGUUUCCUGAAAUCAUGGGUGUUUUUGCUAAAGCUGGGGACCAUGAACCAUCUGAGGGCCAUCCAUCGUUGAGAACCCCCACUCUGGCCUUUCAUUUGGACUCUGAAGGGGCAGAAAACCCAUGGGCGAGACCUGAGUCUAAGCAAUUUGUCACGUGUUUUAAGCAGAUGGCUCCUGAAUGCAGAACACCACGGAGAAGAGGGAUGAGAGCAGGAGCUGGGGGACAGCUCAUGACCUUGACAUUAGAUCUGCUGAGAAGCCGUCUCUCAGGUUUGAGAUUUAUAUGUACAUUGAAGAAAAGGAGGAAGUGGCCUCAUGCCCAUCAACAAACAUUCAAACAUCUUUCCCCAAAAAUGAGGACAUUUAGCACGACGCUAUUAAAAACAGGUCUGUCUACCUGGAUAUCUGUUUACACCCUUUCAAGUAUUCUCACCUGAGUGAGACAAGACCAAACCAGAAGAACUACAUUAGUAAAAUGAUUCAUGGGCCACAAUUCAAGAGACAGCCUGGAAUAUAAAAAACCCUUCAACAGUUAUUGCAGGAUGAAGUUAUUGACUCCAGCAGGAUUCCAAAUCGGAAGAAACAGAGUAUAUGGCAUGGAGGGCAAACCACGGACAAUCAAGGUAUCUGUGUUAUGGCUGUGCCCCUAACCUGACUCCCCCUGAACUGCCAAAAAACUUCACAAAAGCCUCUGACAGAAAUAUAACUGAUGAUGCUGUUUUGCUUUUUAAAUUUUGUCUUCUAAACCAGGUCACUGAUUUUAAAAAAAGGUUAACAAUUUGGUAUCAGUUGAAAAUUACCCACAACAGACCCAGCGAUUGUUUUUGCUCCAAGGUUCUCUGGGGACAAUAAUUCUCCUGGGAGGAAGUGUCGCGGUGGAAAGUGCAUGGACUUUGGUGUCGGACAGACCUAGGUUUGCAUCCCUGCUCAGCCACUUCGUGGUUCCUUGAUCCACUUAACCUCUGAGCUCUAAGGUCUUGUCUAUAAAAUGGGGAUAACAAUUCAUACUCUAACAGGAUACUAAAUGGUUUACAUGAGUUAGUGACUGGUCAGUCUUCUCAUUUCUCAUCCCUGGAGAGCAUAUACUGGGCUUCAUCUCCAAAGAUAAUGAGGUUUUUCUUUUUCCAAUGCGUCCUCAUUUACUGUCAUUCAUGUGUCGAAUUUAGAAAUAAAAAGAAAUGGACUCCUUCUGAUUUAACAGCUACAGGAAAGAGAAGGCCUGGCCGGUUCCUAGGAAGGAGGCUUGGGAACACGCACGACACUGCUCCGCCGGCAGAAUCUGCACACAGCUGAGAAAGACUGGCUUUCUGUGACUGGCAGAUAGGUGCAAAGCACGCCUUUGCUUCACUGAAUUUUUAUGGCUUUUAAUCGUCACAAUUUUAACUUGUAAUGGCCGAGAAAUGGGUUUUCUAAAAAUAUCACCGCUAUUUUUUUACAUUAUGUCAAAUGCUUAGGUCCAUAUCUAUAUGUACAUACAUAAUAGGUAUGUAUGUAUAUUCAUAACCCAGGAGCAGUUAUCACAUUCUGUUCUAUCAACUCAUCUGUUUACAUAUCUGCCUUCUGUCUCACGUGACUGCUCUUCUAGACAAACACUGUCGCAUUCAACUUGAUUACACUUAGCACCGAGCAGCCUCUGGUUCGAGGGGGUACUCAAAAAACGCAGGCUGGAAAGAAAUGUAAGGGAAGGUACCUUGGAUGACAGCCAUCGAAAUUGGACUAUCCUUUAGGAAAUGAGAUGCGACUCAACAUGUUUAACCAGGUGACUAUCAUAACGAAAGCAGUUUUAGGAACGUUAAAGCUUGCAGCCCAUAGCGGAUUGAAGGCAAACUGGAAGCAGAAGGGGCAGUUGGGAGAAAACUUUCCCAGGAGAGAUCUGAGGCAAAAAUGAGAGAAUUAAGACGGUGGCAGUAAGAAGGACUGAUGCAAGAGACUUUAUAAAGAAUUUACAGGAACUGGAUUCUGGCUCCAUUUAAGGAGGCAAGAGGGGAAAUGAUCCCAGGUCAGCUGAGGUUUGAAGACUGGGUGACUAAAUGAUGAUGCCAUUAGCAAGAACAGGGAUGUUAGAAAAGGAACUGGUUUUAGCGGGGAAAUGAUGACUGUGGUGUGAGACAUGCUGAAUGAGAAGUAGGCAGAUCCCGAGAGGAAUGUGUUAAGAGUCAGCGUGGUGAAGGGUAAGGUUUAGAAAUGGAGAAGUCUUUAGGGGUAGAACCUUUUCAGAAAACGUCUGUGCCUUUCACUUAAGAACAGAAGGGACAGGAAGAAGCCAAUGUCCAAACAGACCAGAUCAUUUUUGUGCCCUCAAAUAUUAAACCAGUUAAGAACCAGACUGGUUCUGUUCUCACUCCUCUAUGACCUGCUGCAACAGAAAGGACUAAGCAGAAACCAAGAAGGCCCCCUUCCCACCACGAAACCACUUAGUGCUUCUCUUUUCCCUACAACUUAA